AUGCUCCCGAACGAGCUGUUCCUCGAGAUAUUCAAGCUUCUCGGAGUGGACGACCUCUAUGUUGCCGGCCUUUCCUCACCACAUCUUACCCACAUCGCACACGCAGUCCUAUCCUCUUUUGAGCAACACAAGCUCUCCUUCUGGCCGUACCUCACUCGCAAACAGCCAUUCCAGGCACUGGGGGAGGAGGCAGCCAAGCGACUGCGCUACAAGCUUGCGUUCUAUGCAUCACCCCACGUUGCACCGCACGUAUAUUGCAUCCAUAUUUCGCCUCUCUCCGACAGCACCGAAGACAAGCGCCACAUAGCCUCAGCUUCUACCAACGUGGAUGUGCUCCGGGAUGAGCUGUUCGCUCUCCUCCAUCGGUUUCCUAACCUUUCUCGAAUCUGGGCUAGCGACAUCACAUUUACCAAGGUUGCUAUCGACAAUCUGCGCGUGCGGACCGGCACGCGACCAAUCAUCGAGAACGUUUCGCUAUUUGAUUGUGCGCUUUCCCCGGAUGUUGUUCCGCAUGUCCUGGACCGCCCCCUCGCUAUAUUAGAUCUUCACAACAGGAACAAGCGGGACUCGGCACGCUGGCUUGCCGUUAUCUUUCCACGAACCCUGGGCAGCAUCAGCCUGCUUAACGUUGAAGACCUGCCUGGACCGGAUUCUUCCCCACUCCCCAUCUUCCCUGUGGUGAAGCACAUCGGCCUCUCCAUGCAAUUUUUCCAUCCCCUCACGGCACAGCACAUGUCGGCGCUGCGACGCAUGUUUCCGGCAGUCAAAGAUGUCAUCAUUGAGCGCAAGUUCUACGAUUAUGAUCGCCCAGCAACAGAAUACCUUGCGCAGGCAUUGGCUGUGACGACACCUGUGUUCCCGCUCCUCACGGAAUACCGGGGACCAUGGGAAGCCUUUCUCCUCCUCAAAAGUGGCACAGCUUUAGAGAGGCUUGAGUUGACGUACGACUCCUGUGAUCCCGCGGCGUUGGUGCUGGGCUUGGAGCUCAUCGGUGCACAGUUCUUAUUGCUCACUAACAUUGACUUACACCUGGAGCCACUCACAGGCGCCACUCUUGUCCGUCUGAUGGCCUAUUUCCCAGCCGCGAAGCACCUCGAAUUGUCGCUGGAGUGGGAUAAUGAUCUCUCACUACGACCACCAUCCGAGAAGCUCAAGGAGUAUACCAUCUUUCUCUCUGCCCUCCCGGUCUGCCUUCCACAGACAAUGGAGGGCCUACAUAUCUCAGCCAAGCUGGCUGUCGGAAAUGCGUUACCUGAGCCAACCCCAUCUUUAGACCUGCAUGUGAUGCAGACAGCCCUCCUGCUGAGGUGUGUCAAUAUGCAGUACAUUUGGAUCGAGGGGAACUUCUUCGAGCUUGGAUGGAAUGUCAAUGGCGAAGAGACGGACGAUUAA